UAAGUAGUGAGUAGCUCAGUUGGCAAAGACAAUACUAUUAAGCAUAACUCGAAUAGAAUUAAAAUCACAAUGCAUUUUUUCGGUUUCCUCGCCGUGUUGGGAUUAACAGCUUGUGUAGCUGUGAGCGCAGAAGAGGUCACCAACUUUAAGAUGUGUCGAAAAACAAAAUGCACAAUAUCAAACUUAAACAUUGACCCGUGCCCUCAAGCCCUUGAAGACAAACCGUGCGAAAUACCUGUUGGAUCUAACGCAACUAUAUUCUUCAACUAUAUUACUGAAUUCAGUUCAAUGGCUCCAAAAAGUCAGAUCUACGCUGUAAUGGGAUUCAUAGAUGUGGCAUUUCCAGGCAUGGAUUCGGACGCGUGCCUUUACAUGGAAGAAUGUCCAUUACAAAAGUCGGUGGAGGGAUUCUAUUAUUAUAAUAUUUUAACACAAUCUUCGUACCCGAAAGAUUCAUACACUACGAAACUGAAAAUUUGGAAUGGCGACAAACACGCAAGCAAAAAAGACGAAUGCUGCUUUAAAUUUAACAUGAAAUUAGUUUGAUACAAAAUAAAUAUACCAUAUUUUUAUUGACCACAAUACACAUAUACUUUAUAUUAUGUGCAAUAUAAAGUAUAUUAUACUAUAUUAUAUUUAAUUAUUAUCCAACAUUGCUGUAAUCAUGUGCUAUUAAAACGCCUGAGUGUUUAAUUUCUACUUGACUAACUUAACGCAUAUUUGCUUAACACACCAAUGCGGCGAACAAUCAAAUUUUAAACGGUCGACAUUAUAAUUUACUUGUAUUUGUUUGAA